AAAAAUGUAAUCGUUUUUCAAUUUAUUAUAUCCGUCAUAAAAUGAAGAAAAAAGAAGACGGAUUUUAAAAAGAAGGAAUUAAUACAUUUUCCUAUAUUUCGUUUCUCAAUCUUACUUCUUAAAACUAAAUUGUGAAAAAUGAAAUAAACAAAAUCUUAAAAAGCUACAUUUUCCACGACGGAGCUACCUUUUUUCAUCAGCAUUUGCAAAGGUCAACGGCAGGGGGAGCAAAGACGCGGCAAAAUUAUUACAAUGGCAUCUUUAGCAAGGCACGCAGAUGUGAUCGUCAACAUGAUUGAUGAUCAUAUGACUAAUGAAAAUAUUUCUGCGCACCUAUCCCAAAUGGGUGUACAAAAAUGCUCUGCAAGGAGUGUUCGCAGAUUUUGCAAAGAACACAACGUGAAAAGACGCAGCCACGUUGAUGAUAGUCAUCUAGAGCUGGCAGUGGCCAGCGCUAUAAAUGAGGUGGGGCCAACAUUUGGGCGCACAUUUAUGACAGGUUAUCUGUCAUCAAAAGGCAUACGUGCAGGUGAAGUUCGGGUCGGUAAAGCACUACGACUGGUUCAUCCACCAUACCAUGAAUUGCGACAUACGGGUGUACGCAAUCUGAAUCCAGUCCCCUACCAUGCAGAAUACAUGGGACAUAAACUACACUUGGACCAAAAUGAGAAGCUGGUGAUGUUUGGAGUGACGCAUGUUGUGGCAAUAGAUGGCUUCAGCAGCCAAAUUGUGGCUCAUAACACCAUGCCUGUUAAAAACAACUUAACAAUCUAUCAGAAAGUUUACAGAGAAGCUGUGACAAAAAACGGCAUGUGGGAUCAAAUCCGGGUUGACCAUGGAAGAGUUCUAUAUGUGCCUGUAUAUCCAAGAGCUGCUGUCCAGACACAGAUACAAUAUAAACAGGCAACCAUAUGUACAGACAAAAUCAUCAAGGAACCUCAAAGUUGAGCGAAUAUGGCCAGAAAUAAAUAACAGAGUCAACUAUCCCCUGAAAGAAGCCCUGCUGCAACUUCAAGACCAAGAGGUGAUCAACAUGGAGGACAACACAACUAGAUUUU